AUGUUUUCAUUUAACUUUACUACUAUACUAAGAGAGGAGGUUGUGGUAAAAUUGGUAAAAAUAUGCUAUCCAACGUCGAAACCACCCGAUAUUGCACAUUUAAACCUUGAAGAUAAUUUAUCAAGUGUUCGUAAGGUAUUGGAAAUGGAAAAGUUCAUCGAUGACGAAUUAUCAUUUUCUCAAAAUGUUGAUGAAAUGUCCAAAAUAUCAAAUUCGAACGAGGAAAAAUUUCGCUUAAAAGAAAUUAUAGUCCAAAACGAUAAUGAAUAUAUUUUAAGUUUAAUUCAUUCAAAUUUGUGGAAAUAUUUGAAUGAAAAACACAAAUUAGAUUAUGGCUGUACCAUAACUAAUGACGGUAUUAAGACCAAGGAUUGUAAGGUGUUUAUUAUGAAAGAUUGUGAAUUAUACGACCUUGGUAUAAAAGGAGUUCGAUCAGGUACGGUUGAAUUCAAUUCAAUCGAAACUGAAGAUAUGUUUACAAAAACAAAUUUAACACUUAAUAUUAAUAGUAAAUUGCAAAGUUUUAUAAAGUUAUCGGCUGGAAUAAUGAACAGAAAUAAAUCUAAAUUGGAAACAAAUUCAACUUAUCAUUAUAGAAAUUAUGGCAAACACUCACUGAAUAUUAACAUAAGGGAUCAUUUGAUACUAACUGAAGAAUUUGUUAAGAGUGUAAAGAAUGCCAUAGAAUCAAAAAUGCCUAAAAAAUUUAUUCAAAUUGUUGAGGAUUUUGGUCAAUUCAUACCAACUGAAGUAAUUUUGGGCGGAAGAAUUUAUUUUGAAGUUUACGGUAGUUCAACAGAUUAUUCUACAGAAAAAGCAAAUAGUGAAGCUAUGAAUUUAGGCGUUCCAAAUAUUGCGGAU